AUGAGCGUUGUCGCCACUAGAACAGAGAGCCCUGUGCUAUACACGUCCAUUCCAGAGGAUCAUGUCGACUACUCCAACUAUUCAAUUACCUCCCGAACCUCCUCGAUAUCUUCCUACAAGACCAACUACACUGCCUCAACCGCGCCCACCACAUAUUCUCCUUCCUCGGCAUCGUCAUCCUUUCGUCAAGGCGAUUCCGUCAACUCUCUUCCCAAAUUCACCGAACCAAUUCAACGGCGCGUGCCCCAGGAGGUCUAUGAAGUGAUAAUCCACCACUUGGAAGAGUUACACAAAGGUCAGCAUCAAGCAGGAUGUACCACGUGCUUUCAGCGCGAUUUACAUGCCUUAGCCUUGACUUGUCGGUCUUGGGAAAAGGCUGUUAGAGGUCCUCUUAUCCAUAUUGUCGGAAAUGACUCCCCGGCCCAAUUGAAGAAAUAUCGUCUGAAGAGAGGGAGUCGCCUAAAGCUCCUGAGACGAACCCUUCGGGAACGCAAACUACUGGCCAACCUUGUCUAUGAACUCCGGGUGCCUCAAUUAGAUUUGCUCUUUACUACGACGAAACAAAGCUCACCAUGGCAGGAGUAUCGCGAUCUGGUCGCGUCCGUGGUCAUGGUGUGCCCCAACUUGGAGCGUCUUCUAGGCUUGUCAAUCCCGUACCAUCACGAAUUCGAUCGUCUGACCCAUGCACUAUCGACCCGGAAGAAGCUGAAAGAGCACACAUGGAUCUUGGGCGAGGCUGCAGAAGUGUCCGAAAUGUCAACCCGCGAUGACUCCUGCCCUGGAAGCCUCGGUCCCUCCCAAAUGUUCGAGUUUCUGAACUACCAUACCUCUUGGUCCAAUUUGGAGACUUUGAUGCUCUAUGGAUUGAACGGAAAUGGUGCAUUGGAACCUAGCAUCUCCCUGCGCAUGUUCAAUCUUCUCCCCUCAUUGCGAAAUCUCUGCAUUUCCUCCUUCAACGAAGACUCCUUUGAUAAUAACGCAUUGCUGUGCCUGCCUCCAUUGGAGUCACUGCGAUUGGAAAACUUGCCCGGAAUUACAGAUGCCGGUCUCUCGCAGUACACAUCACGCCCUGAAUCGCUCUCCCUCAAAACAUUGGUCUUGGUGGAGCAAAAUGUCGAGUCAUUGCUAGUCAUUUCGAAGAUUCUCGCCUCACUACGUCAACUCGAACGGUUCAAGAUCGUGCAGACCGGCAAGUGCCUAAAGCUGCCGAAUGAGCAUAUGAUCUUCCAGCCUAUCCUCGCCUCAUCAACACUAAAAUACCUUCACUGGGAUGUGGCUUGCCCAGACCCAGGCACCGCCCUUACCCAACUUGAUACCCUCCCCUUCCAGAAACCUACCAAACCCUCCGACACCGCCAACUAUCACCUCGCCCAAAGCAUUAUAUCCGCCGGCUUCCCCCAACUGGAAUCCCUUCGCGCACCCUCCGACGUGGAGCCCCCAGGAGUGCUCCAGGCUGCCUGUCGACCCAUCCCGAAAGGCCAAGCCUUACUGCGACCAGACCGGUACAGCCUGCCUCGCAGCUCCCACGGGUCCGUGAAUACUCGCCCGCUCGCUCUUCCUGCGGGGAACAACCUUACAUCGGCGCGAAUUCGCGCUCAGACAUUCAUUGACAUGGCCGCCAAGGAUACCGAGGAGGGCAUGCCGGUACUGAUUCAAGAUUACUCAGAUGCAUACAUGCCGGACAACGUGCAGGCUUCUCAAUUCGAGGAUGAGGAUCAAGACAUGGACGACUACGGUAUCUGGGCUGCCUGCCAGCGAUUCAAACACGAGGAUAAUGACCACAGCGGCCCGAAGACAGUUUACGAGUUCCGUAUGCCAACCUUCAUGGGCCGAAGCGGUAUUCGGGAUCCGGCAACUGGUGCCUCGAUCCCUCACUUUAUCCUCCGUCCUGACAUCGCUGGUCAGGAAUUAGAUGGCGGCUUGAUUGGAUGGAAGCAGCUGCUAGCCUCGAAUCAGUCACUCUCAUAUGCUGCCGGGGUCGGUGUCAAUUGCUUCGGCAGCCGAAGCCCAAUUAUUUCAACUCCCGAGGAGCCUACCUCGCCUAUGUCCAGUACGUCCCGGUUCAACUGGGGCAGUUUGAGUGGCCGAGCUACAUCUCCGCCGACACCCUCGACCCCAAUCACGCCAAUGAGCAGUGCAAUGGGCUCGGCCUUGCCUUGGGACAAGGAUACCUGUACUGGAUCCUGGAACCACAAAACGGGCCGGGACUGGUGGUUCCAUAUGGAGCGUGAUCGUCCAGGCAAUACAGAGCUUAUCGACGUGAAACAGUUCUUCUGA